UCCGUGUCGGACAGCUUUCGGUGUUGCACUGCUGUCAGUGAUCGACAUGGCGUCCGGGUACAUACUAAAUCGCGGUGUGCUAACAUUAGGCAUUCAUUGCCAGCGUGUUUGUCGAAACAUAUCGUUAGCACAGGUUAGAGAGAAAAAGCGAUGGAUGAAAGCAUACACAUACCUCAUGGCAAAGAAGUUAAAGCUUGAAGGACCUCCACCACCGAAGCAACGCUCUCAACAGCCUCACUGGGAUUACCAUGCUGAGGUUCAGGCUUUCAGCAGCCGCCUCCACGAGAGCUUCUCCAUUGAGCUACUGAAAACAGCCUUCAUCAAUCCCUGUUACCUGCAGGCAGAGCAAGAGAGGAGAAAGGGAUUAGGUGUGGACUCAGAGACCACCGCUCUGGUUCUGAAAGACAAUAUUCAGCUGAGUAAAAAGGGAGCGGGUUUCACCAAAAGCUUCCUGACCGACUGGUGCAGGGCAAGCUUCCCGAGCCUGCCGAGUGAGGGGGUGGAGAGUGUUGUUGGGCACCUCACCAGUUCAGCAGUUGUGGCCUAUGUAGCAAGAAAUCUUGCCAUCGAAGACCUAACAAUGAGUGCUGAAUGCCCUGUUUCUGAUGAUGUGCUUCAUUCUACAUUCAUGGCAGUGAUUGGAGCUCUACAGGAGAGCAGUGGAGCGGAGCGAACUGGAUUUUUCCUCAGGGAUUUCCUGGUCACUCAGUUGAUAGGGAAGGAACUGUUUGAUAUGUGGACAGUUGUCAACCCCAUGGGACUACUGGUGGAGGAGCUUACUAAGAGGAACGUUCCUCCACCAGAGCCUCGCCUCAUCAGGUCUGCUGGAGCCAGUACCGUCCUUCCACUAUACUUUGUCGGCUUGUACAGCGACAAGAAGCUUCUGGCUCAGGGUCCAGGAGAGACACUUGUAGCAGCCGAGGAAGAGGCAGCUCGCGUGGCCCUCCGGAAACUCUACGGCUACACUGAGAACCGCAGACCCUUUGACUUCUCUCCACCACAGCAGUAUCAGCAGCCAUUAAUCCAAUCAGUCAGCAGCAAUUAAUGAAGUAACAACUCUUAUGCUGCGGGCUACAGACUUGCUACGGAUUGUAGGGAGAAAGUAAAGACAAAUAAGGUCACCAUCUACCUUAUUAAACAUUAGUGCACUUGUCAGGAUUGUUUCUGUUGGGUAUUUAAAUGCCAGUUCCCCCAGACAAAAGAGAGCAAAAUAAGCCUUAUUGUCCAAAUAAACUGUGUGAGUAUGAUGUAAGAUCAGGUUUCCACUGUAUCAUACAGAAAUCUAAUGUAAGAUUUUUUGAAUAAAUUUGAUGACAUAUUUAAGAUUAAAUUCCACUGGUCCCAUAGCUUACCUUGGCUAAUAACCUAUAGGUUCAGCAGUCCAUGGCACAAAAUAGCCCUGGUAUCUGGUUGUCCUUGUAAAUAAUACAAUUGCCAUUUGGUUUACUAGGUGUUCUGUUAUAAUAUGUUGUUCAUCUGUAAUAAAAAGUAAUAAGUAUGUGUACAUCA